AGAUUUUGAGGCAUAAAAGGCUCAGCAGGUGCCCCCACAGUACUGCACGUCCAGAGGCCAAGUCAAAGAUGAGCACCCUGGGAGCUCUUGUCACCCUCCUGCUCUGGGGACAGCUUUUUGCGGUGGACGUUGGCAAUGAUGUCACGGAUUUUGUAGAUGACAGCUGCCCAAAGCCCCCUGAGAUUGCAAAUGGCCGUGUGGAUCACAUGGUUCGCUACCAGUGUAACACCUACUACAGGCUGCGCACUGAAGGAGACGGAGUGUAUACCUUAAACAGCAAGAAGCAGUGGAUCAACAAAGACAUUGGAGAGAAACUUCCCGAAUGUGAAGCAGUGUGUGGAAAGCCCAAGAAUCCAGUGGAUCAGGUGCAGCGCAUCAUCGGUGGAUCUCUGGAUGCCAAAGGCAGCUUUCCCUGGCAGGCUAAGAUGAUCUCACGACAUGGUCUCACCACCGGGGCCACGCUGAUCAAUGAACAGUGGCUGUUGACCACAGCCAAAAAUCUCUUCCUGAAUCACACAGAGGAUGCAACAGCAGAGGAUAUUGCUCCUACUUUAAAACUCUACGUGGGGAGAAGGCAGCUGGUGGAGAUUGAGAAGGUGGUUAUCCACCCUAACUACUCUAUGGUAGACAUUGGCCUUAUCAAACUCAAACAAAAGGUGCCUGUCAACGAGAGAGUGAUGCCCAUUUGCCUACCUUCCAAGGAUUAUGCAGAAGUUGGGCGUGUGGGUUAUGUGUCUGGCUGGGGGCGGAACGCCAACUUUAACUUUACACAGCACCUCAAGUAUGUCACGCUGCCCGUGGCUGACCAAAUCAACUGUGUGCAGCACUAUGAGGGCAGCACGGUGCCCGAAAAGAAGACCCCAAAGAGCCCUGUUGGGGUGCAGCCCAUUCUGAACGAGCACACCUUCUGUGCUGGCAUGUCCAAGUACCAGGAAGACACCUGUUACGGUGAUGCUGGCAGUGCCUUUGUCAUUCACGACCUGGAGGAGGACACUUGGUAUGCAGCUGGGAUCCUGAGCUUUGAUAAGAGCUGCACCGUGGCCGAGUAUGGUGUAUACGUGAAGGUGCCCUCCAUCCUGGACUGGGUUCAGAAAACCAUAGCCGAUGAAUAACACAGGCUGGCUGGAAGCCCUCCUUGGUAGUGAGAGUUUACCCUGAAAGAAGGAAAGGUGAAUGGGACAGGACACCGUCUAAAGCUGACAGGCACCAACCCUGCACUACUGAGUUAAUUAAUAAAGAACUUGCUUAUGAUUAA